AUGUCCCUCCCGAAGUUAUUCCAGCCCAAACAGGUUGGCGAGAUCACCGUCCAACAUCGGAUUGUCCUCGCGCCUUUGACGCGCAACCGAGCGAACAAGGAGCAUGUUCACGGCGACCUCGCAGUGGAGUAUUACUCUCAGCGUGCGAGCAUGCCCGGGACGCUGCUCAUCACCGAGGCGACGUAUAUCGCGCGGAAGGCAGGCGGGUACCCGCACGUCCCGGGCAUAUGGAGCGAGGAGCAGAUUGCUGCGUGGAAGGCAAUUGACCUGUAUCUCGUGGUGGAAGCCGUCCAUGCUCGCGGAAGCUACAUCUUCCUCCAGUUGUGGGCGCUCGGGGGCGACAAGCCUUCCCGGCUGUCCUCGAAUCCGAAGGCCUUCCUCCCUCAUCUGAAAGAGUAUGUGCAGCUGUACGCGACCGCGGCGAAGAACGCGGUGCACGGGGCGGGGUUUGACGGGGUGGAGGUGCAUUGCGCGAACGGGUACCUGCCGGACCAGUUUCUGCAGGACAUCUGCAAUAAGAGAACGGACGAGUACGGCGGAUCGGUGGAGAACCGGUGUCGGUUCCCAUUGGAGAUAGUGCAGGCUAUCACGGAGGUUGUCGGGGUGAGGAAGACGGGGGUGCGGAUUAGCCCGUGGGGCACAUUUGGAGGUGCGUGCCCGCCCGCCUUCCUCCCACACAAUUGA